AUGCAUGGAGUUGCUUUUGCACUUACUGAUCCUAAGCCAAUUGAAGCAAAUUCCAUUCAGAUGGAUCAAUGGGUUCAUGCUAAUAAGGUAUGUAGACAUACUAUAAUUUCUACUAUUUCUAACGAAUUGUUCGAUGUCUACGUUUCUUACAAGGAGGAAAAAGAAAUCUGGGAGUCAAUGAUAAGAAAGUAUACUGCUGAAGACGCUACUAAACAAAAGUUUGUAAUUGGAAAUUACUACAAGUGGGAGAUGACGGAGGACAAGGACAUAAUUGCACAAAUCAACGAAUAUCACAAGUUGAUUGAAGAUCUCAAAUCUGAAGAUAUUUCUCUGCCCGAACAGUUUGUUGCUGGUAUGCUUAUAGAAAAACUUCCCAAAUCUUGGAGUGACUACAAACAACAAUUGAAACAUAAGCACAAGCAAUUGUCGAUGAAGGACUUGGUCAAGCACAUUAUAAUUGAAAAUACCAAUCGCAAGCAAGUUGUUGCUGACAAAGGAAAGGAGAUUGCUACAAGAGCCAACCUUGUGGAGGACAAUAAGCGGCAGAACAAAUCAAAUAACAGGCAACCUGGCCAUCAUGCUGCUCAAUGCCGGAAGAGGGUUGGGAAUGACAAUCCCGCUAAGGCUAAAGUAAAUUUAACUGAAGCCAUAGCGGAUGACAUAAUUGCUGCAGUUGUUUCCCAAGUAAACUUUGUGGCCAAUGUGAAAGAUAGGGUGUUAGAUUCGAGUGCCACUAGGCAUAUAUGUGCUGACAAAAAAGACUUUGUGUCUUACACCCAAGUUGAGGAAGGAGAAGAGGUUGUAUAUCUUGGUGACCCAAGGACUACUCCAAUUCUUGAUUGA